AUGAAGCACCACGCUUAACAAUACGCUAGUUUAGUGCCAAUGUACCGAGUGACAUGGCGUAGCACCAAAAAAUGGUAUUCCAUUUUUCACAGUGAGUGAGUGAUCGAGAGCUCAGCCUAACCGCGACAAAGGCGACAUUUUUGUUUUACUCUUCGUUUGUAUUCAAACAUACAUACAGCCAGUGUGACUGUAUUAUAUCGAUUUCUAUUCGUUUCCCUCGCAUUGUUUAUACGCUGAAUCAUUCGAUAUAAGCAGUUGUUAUUAUUAUUCUUGUUGUUGUCGUUGUAACUGUUGUUAUAUUAUUAUUAUUAUAGACCAACAGAGAUGAUCCAUAUCUUUUAGUUUAUAAUUUCAGAAUAAUUAGAUAUCACCGUGUAUUAAGAAUUGGUGGUUUGAAAUGAUGCAGCUGCAAAGAAUAUUCUAUCGCUUUGUCUCAAGCGCGGGUUCGUUUCGAAAUGUUAUCCCCGUUACUUCACGGCGUUCAAUAACCGCUCUGUUCAAGUUAAUUACCACGGGAAGAUGGUCGAGGGAGAGAUUGGUUCUUACACCGUUUACUACAAUGGGAAUUUUUGGCUUUAUUAAGUCGAAAGAGGACGACAAGGAUCUUAAGGUCACUUCGCAAAAAAUUCUACUCGCGAAGGCUGACGCACUAUUCGAUCAGUCUCAAUAUAAACAAAUAUACGAGAUGCUGAAUCACUACAGGGACAGUGGUGAUGUUGAAAUUUUAUGGCGGUUGUGCCGAGCGCUCUACAACAUGUCGAAAACGGCAUCGGAGGUAGAAGCCAAAAAGAUGAUAUACGAAGGUUACGAUCUGGCCGUUGCCGCGUUGGCAAUCGACGAGAAUCAUCACGCGGUUCACAAAUGGAUGGCGAUAUUUCUCGACGCGAAGAGCGGACACGAGGGAAUGAAGGCGAGAAUAACGCAGCUAGCUACAGUGAAAAAUCACAUGCUGAGAGCGUCGGAACUGAACCCGAAGGAUGCGACGACGCUGUACAUGCUCGGUAGCUGGUGUUACCAAAUUUCCGACCUCGCCUGGUACCAGAGGAAGAUUGCAGCCGCGAUUUUUGGGGAGCCGCCACAAUCUUCCUUUGAAGAAGCGUCGAGAUACUUCGAAGCCGCGGAGAAGAUGAGCCCCAAUUUUUACAGCCAUAAUUUGUUGAUGCUCGGUAAAACUCACUUGAAAUUAAACAGGCGCGAGGAGGCCGUCAAGUUUCUCAAAAUGGCUUCGGAGUAUGAAGCUCGUAACGACGACGACCAUGAAGCUAAAAAACAAGCGCUCAAGCUCCUCAAUGAGCUUGGGUUCAAGACCUCCUAACUUAUUCACACCGCACCGGCUGAAUGCAGCUCUAACUUGGACUGGUUUCAGGGGGCUUUAGGCACUUUAUUCGUUCAACGAGUCGACGAAAAGUACAACAAAACGAGAAUAAUCAAACUGUUUCGCUGCACCUAUCCACUGUUAUACUUGUUCGUAUACUAGACUAAACCAACUAACUGUAUUCGCGAUUAUGUAUUAUAAUUGAUAAGUAGGUAACUAUGUGGACGUGUUCCUAAUAUAAGUUGCUUCUUUUUUUACAAUG